AAAUAACGAGUUUCGAUGAUGAAGUUUGUGUACCGUGGUUGGCGCUACAUCUGAGCAAGGAUGUCGAAAAAGUUGCAAUGCUGUUAGAAGUUGACGCGGUGGAAAUCGAAGCUAUUAAACAAGACGAACCCCAGCCAGAAAGACGAAACAUUGAAAUCUUUAACUCGUGGAGAAAUGCCGAAAUAAAGCUUGGAAAGAAACCAACGUGGGACAAAAUUCGUUUAUGCUUGAAAGAUGAAACCGUUGGACGGUAUGAUGUCAUUCGUGCCCUUUUGAAAGAAGACGAGUUGGAUGGCCGUGUUUUGGUAUGCCUUGCACCCCGCAUUGCGGCGUCGUUUCGAAACUACGCUCGCGUUCUUGGCGUGCCAGAAUGUAAAAUAGAUAUGUCAAGUCAGAAUUUUGAAGGUGUUGAGAAGAGCUGUAUGGAUGUUUUGUAA